UUGCUACUGGAACAUUUGGAAUGUCUGGUGGCUCGACACGAACGAUCACUCCGCAUGACUGUGGUCAAACGUCAGGUGAAUAGUCCGGGCGGUGUGAGCUCGGAAGUUGAAGUGCUCAAAGCAUUGAAAUCCUUAUUCGAGCAUCAUAAGGCACUGGACGAACGGGUAAGAGAACGAUUGCGAGCCGCGCUGGAACGUGGUGCACAAUUGGAAGAGGAAGUUCGGUCGUCCGCAGCCGAUCGAGCCGCAUUGCGGGAACAAUUGGCAGCCGCACUGGCCGGAGUAGCAGCUGCGGCGGCUGUGCAACAGCAGCAACAGCAACACAAUGAAGCUGGACACGGAGGUAGUAACGCGAAUAAUACAAAUGCCGAUGAUUCCUCUCACAAAUCCAAAGAUGAAGUUUUUGUCAACGGUGAAGGAGGACAUUUGACUUCGUUACCACCCGGUGGUCCACCACUGAACAACACGAACGGCAACAAUAACAAUAAGGAUGGUCAGGGUGAGGAUUCUAACUCCAUCUCCAAUUCCGAUAUUUCCGGCGGUGCCAAAUCCGCAGCCUCGUAUGCGGCUGCAGCAGCCGCAGCCGCGGCAAGUGCACUGGCUGCAGAAAGAAAACUGGCUGAGAUUACCGCAAGGUCCCGUGAACUCGAGGCCACGACCAAUUCAGUACAAAAAGAACUGGCACGAUCAAAUGAACAGACGCUGCGUUUGCAACGGGAGUUGCGCGAGUUGGAAGCACAACGGGAGGAUCAGGAGGCACGAAUCACCACAUUAGAACAACGCUAUUUGGCCUCACAACGAGAGGCGACCGGUGCGUUGGAUCGCCUGAGUCGUUCCCAGUCGGAGCUGAUCAGUCGCGAAGUCGAAUUGAAACAGGUGAGCCGGAUUUGA